AUGACUGCAGGCUCAGUGUGUGUUCCUCAGAUCAUACCAUUGCGAGUGCCUCCCCCCGGAAAAGCCAACCAUGAAAUUGAUAACAAUACACUUUUGGAAAUGAAAUCUGACACCCCUGAUGUCAACAUAUAUUAUACCCUGGAUGGCAGCAAACCUGAAUUUCUAAAGAGAAUUGGUUAUGGUGAAAAUAAUACAUUUAAGUAUACGAAGCCUAUUACUCUGCCUGAUGGAAAAAUACAAGUUAAAGCUGUUGCAGUCUCUAAGGACUGCAGACAGAGUGGCAUUGUAACAAAGGUGUUUCAGGUGGGCUAUGAGCCACCAAAUACAGUCUCUUCAGAAAACCAUGUUGAAAAUGUUCUCAAAGAUUCUUCCAAGCAGGAAUUGAAAAAUGGAUUUGUGGGAUCAAAACUAUGGAAGAAAUAUAAGAAUGCUGAAAAUAAACAGAAUUGGAAUGUUAACCUUAGAAAGUCUGCAGACCUUGGCGUAGGUGAAAGAACUGACUCUAAAACAUGGAAAGAUCUUCGUUUCUCAGAGAGUCCACUGGAAAUCCCACCUUACCAUGAAGAAUCAGGUUCUAGACCACCUACCCGCCAGUCUCAGUUCCCUAGUUUUGCACACAUAACUGGCCAGAAGAGUUUAACAAGCACGGAGAUCAUGAGAAUUCAAAGAGAGACAGACUUUCUCAAGUGUGCCCACUGCCUGGCCCCCCGCCCGUCUGACCCCUUUGCUCGCUUCUGUCAAGAAUGUGGCUCUCCUGUCCCACCCAUAUUUGGCUGUCGUCUCCCACCCCCAGAAGGAGCUCAGAUGGGCUUAUGUGCAGAAUGUGGAAACAUGGUGCCCAUGAACACUCCCAUCUGUGUGGUGUGUGAGGCCUCUCUUAUCCUACAGCUGCAGCCACAGGCCAGCCUCCGCUUGAAGGAGAAAGUAGUCUGCCGCACCUGUGGCACAGGGAAUCCAGCUCACCUGAAAUACUGUGUCACCUGUGAGGGGGCCCUGCCUUCAUUUCAAGAGCGCAUGCGCAGUGGAGAUAAAGCCCCUCCUCUGUCCACUCAGAAAGGGGAGACCAUUUCCUGCUCCAAGUGUGGUCACGGGAAUCGCCGGGAGGCUUGCUUCUGUGACUGGUGUGGAUCCACGCCGGGCAUUUCUGCUUGCUACUCUGUUUGCCCUAAAUGUGGGGCCAGCAAUCACCCAUCUGCCCGAUUCUGUGGUUCCUGUGGUAUUUACGUGAAGUCCUUGGCAAGACUUAGCCUGGACAACAGCCUGGCUCUAGCUGCUGGAGAACUUGGCCCUUUUGCUGAGCCCCGAUCUGCCUGGCAGUCCCUAAAUGUUCCUUUACCCAGACCUGAUGCUGGGACUCGGAAGGACGUGGGCACACAGACUGCUGGCCUGUUCUACCCAUCUGGCACGCUACUAGCCAAAAAGGAACAGGAAAUGGCUUCUCAGAAGCAGAGGCAGGAGAAGAUGAGUGACCAUAAACCUCUCCUCACAGCUGUCAGCCCAGGAAGAGGGUACUGGAGAAAACAGUUGGAUCAUAUCUCUGCCCACCUCAGGUCUUAUGCUCAGAACAACCCUGAAUUCCGGGCCUUGAUUGCAGAACCCAGAAUGGGAAAGCUUAUCUCCGCUACUGUCCAUGAGGAUGGCUGUGAAGUUAGCAUCCGGCUGAAUUAUAUUCAAGUAUCCAACAAGAACCUUUACCUGAGCAAGGCCGUGGAUUUCAGCAGCCACUUUCUGAGCAGUGUCACCAAGGGUGGUGAUGGGCCAUUUGGCAGCAGGUCCAGCUUGGUGAGUGACUACAGCCAGAGCACCUCAGACACCACUGAAAAAGUCAAGAGGACAAAGAAUUUCAAGACCAAAAAGUUUCAAGAAAAGGAGCAGCUCACACCUGAAAACAGGCUCCUGCUGAAGGAAGUCGGACCUACAGGGGAAGGGAGAGUCUCUGUGAUUGAACAGCUGCUUGAGGAGGGAGCAGACCCCAACUGCAGGGACAGUGAAGAGCGACCCGUGAUUACCGUGGCUGUUGUGAACACGCGCCCCGAAGUGAUUCCAGUUCUCGUGCAGAGAGGAGCAGACACGGAGCAGCGCUGGGGCCCGCUCCAAAAUACACCUCUUCAUGAAGCAACUCUGCUUGGCCUGGCAGGAAGGGAGUGUGUCGCUGCUUUACUGCGAUGCAGUGCAAGCAUCCAAAAGAAGAACAUGAAUGGCCAGACACCGUAUGACCUGGCUCUGCAAACUGGGGAUGAUGUCGUCACCUCGCUCUUUGCUGCUAAGCUCGGCCUGGAUGACUCUUAGACCCAA